AUGGCUCGUGGUCCCAAGAAACAUCUGAAGCAUGUAGUGGGUCAGCAUUGUACGCUGGAUGAACUGACCGGUGUGUUUGCUCCUCAUCCACCUACUGGUCCCCAUAAACCAAGAGAGUGUCUCCCUCUCAUCAUUUUCUUGAAGAACAGACUUACGUGUGCCCUAGCAGGAGAUGAGGUAAAGAAGAUCUGUAUGCAGUGUUUUAUUAAGAUUGAUGGCAAGGUCCAAACUGAUAUAACCUACCCUAAUGGUUUUAUGGAUGUCAUCAGCAUACACAAGACUGGGGAAUAUUUCCAUCUGAUCUGCAACACCAAGGGUCACUUUGCUAUUCAUUGGAUUACACCUGAGGAGACCAAGUACAAGCUGUGCAAAGUGAGAAAGAUCUUUGUGGGGACAAAAGGACUUCUUCAUCUGGUGACCCAUGAUGCUGGCACUAUCUGCUAUCCUGAUCCCUUCAUCAAAGUGACUGACACCAUUCAGAUUGAUCUGCAGACUGGAAAGUUUACUGACUCCAUCAAGUUUGACACUGGUAAUCUGUGUAUGGUGACUGGAGGUGUUAACCUGGGAAGAAUUGGUGUGAUCAUCAACAGAGAGAGGCACCCUGGUUCUUUUGAUGUAGUUCAUGUGAAAGAUGUCAAUGGCAGCAGCUUUGCCACCCAACUCUCCAACAUUUUUAUAUACAAAAGCAACAAACCAUGGAUUUCUCUUUCCUGUGGAAACGAUGUCUGCCUCACCACUGCUGAAGAAAGAGACAAGAGACUGGCAACCAGACAGAGCAGUGGGUAA